GACGGCCCGGCGGGCGCCGCGGCGCCGCCGCUGGAGUGCACAGCGCAGGCGGUGCGCGUCUGCGGCCACGGCGCCGGCCUCGACGGCAGCCCGGGCCACGCCGAGGGGAAGGCGUUCGGCUACGACCACGUCUUCGACUCGCAGGCGACUCAGGAAGAGGUGUUCGAGGCCGUCGGGGCCAGGCUGCUCGCCAACGCGCUCGACGCCUACAACGGCUGCAUCUUCGCCUACGGCCAGACGGGCUCCGGCAAGAGCCACAGCGUGGUGGGCAGCGUGCACAGCGAGGCCGAGCAGGGGCUGCUGCCGCGCGCCUGCGCGCGCCUGUUCCAGAUGCUGGCGGCAAGGCGCCAGGGCCAGCCCGGCCUGCAGGCCAACGUGCUGGCGAGCUACCUGGAGAUCUACAACGAGAGGCUUCUCCGUUCCCCUAUCCUCUCCGGGGGCCGCGACGAGCGCGGGGAGCUGCAGGUCCGGCUCCACCCGGGGCUCGGCGCGGUGGUGCCGGGCUUGUCCGAGUGCCCCGUGGAGGGGGGGGGCGACGCGCUGGCCCUGCUGGACUUCGGCGCGAAGCGGCGCGCCACCGCGGCGACGCAGAUGAACGCGACCUCCUCGCGCUCGCACGCAGUGUUCACCGUGCAGGUGCACAUGGUGCUGCCCGGAAGCGAUGGCGCCGGGGAGACCGAGAGCUGGGCCAAGGUCCACUUCGUGGACCUGGCGGGCAGCGAGCGCCAGAAGAAGACGGGCGCGCGCGGCGACCGGCUCAAGGAGGGCAUCAGCAUCAACAAGUCCCUCACGACGCUGGGGCGGGUGAUCUCGGACCUCACCAGGCCUGGCGGCAGGAGCCUGCCGCCCUUCCGCGACUCCAAGCUGACGCUGCUGCUCAAGGAUGCGCUCAUGGGCAACAGCCUCACGGCGCUCCUCGCCUGCGUGAGCCCCUCGCGGGACAGCCUGGACGAGACGGUCAGCACCCUGGAGUUCGCCUCGAGGUGCAAGCUGGUGCAGACCCAGGCCACGAGGAACGAGCAGUCCAAGCAGGACGUCAUCGCGAGGCUCUCCUGCGAGAAGGGCCAGCUCGAGGAGCAGCUGCGGCGGGAGCGCGCCGACAGCGAGCUGCUCUGCGCGCGGCUGCGGGAGGAGCUCGAGCGGGCGGGCCAGCGCCACGCCGCGGAGGAGCGGGCCCUGGAGGAGCGGCGCGCGGCCCAGGCGCGGCUCGAGGAGCUGGAGCUCCAGCACCGCGACCUGCGGCGCGCCAGCGAGGAGCAGCUGUCCGCGGCGCGGGAGCAGCGCCUGGCCGCGGAGCACAGCUGCCGGCAGACUUGGGUCACGUCGGGCCGCUCCACGCGCUCGCGGCGCCUGGCGCAGCUGGGCGUCGGCGCCGCGGUGGCCGUGGUGGAGGUGGCGCGCCUCGCGGACGAGCAGCGCAUCCGCGGCCGCAUCGAGGAGCCCGCCGGCUGGUUCUCCAUCGAGGACACCGCCGACUGCUUCCGCUGGGCGGUCCGGGGCGGCGGCGGCGCCGCCGCCGCCGCCGCGUCGACCGAGGGGAGCGAGUCGGCGGAGCCGGGGGGCCCGGAGGAGCCUCCCCGCGGGGGCGACCGCGGGGAGGAGGAGCUGCGGGAGCGCCUGGAGCGGGAGCGCGAGGCGCAGCUGGCGCGCGAGCGCGAGCUGCUGUCUCAGAUCGGGGCGUUGAGGGGCGUGCAGGAGAGCUUCGCCCUCGACCAGGCGCAGCUCGACGCGAAGCGCGACGCGCAGCGGAGGCAGCGGGAGCAGGAGCUCGCCGAGCUGGGGAUGCACGCCGUCGGCAUCGAGGCGGAGGACCUGCCCCUGGCGCCGCGGCUGGUCAACCUGCACCCCGACCCGGCCCUGGGCGGCUGCCUCGUCUACUACCUGCCCCUCGGGGAGACCUGCAUAGGCUCCGAGCGGCGGCGCUGCCGCGUGACUCUGACGGGGCUGGACAGCUGGAGGGUGUGCGCGAUCGCCAACGAGGCGAAUGAGGCGCUCACCGUGCGGCCGCUGGGCGGCGGGCUCGUGCGCGUGAACGGCCUCGCGGUGGACGCCUCCGCGGGCCAGCGCCUCUGCCACGGCGACCGCCUCGCCGUCGGCCGUGCCUACAUGCGAGGGCCCAGAUCCCGCGGGCGCGGAGCGCCUCGGAGGACGCCGCCGCGCGCCCCGAGGAGGGCAACUUCGAGCGCGCCAUGGAGGAGAUCUCGGCGGGUGCCGAGGUGGACCCGCAGUGGGAGAGGGGCGUGCAGAGGGCGAUGCAGCUGGCGAGGGCGGACUUCGGGCCGGAGGCGGCGGGGCGCCUGCUUGCGCAGGCGAGGAAGGCGUCGGAGGCCUGCAAGACCGCCAACAGCGUGCUGCGGCAGAUGCCCGCCAGCUGGACCGACGGCGUGGUCGGGUUCGACCUGUCGGUCAUGUUCGACUCUCACGGGCUGCCAGAGGUGUGCGUCGUUGCCCGCCGCGAGAGUCCGCCGGGCCCCGCCGACGCCCUCCGCGGGAGCGGCCCCAGUGCCGGCAUCUGGGAGGUCGAGGCGUUCUGGGGUGACCGGCUGCCGGCGAUGCUGGAGGCCCUGA